AUGGAGGGAGCACCAGUGGAAGUAGUUGAUGUUGGUCCCGAAAAAGGACGAGGUCUAUUUACAACCAGGCCUUUAGUGGAGAACGAGGUCAUUUUAGAGGAAAGACCUCUUAUAUGCUGCCAGUUGUCAUGGAACCGAUUUUACGGCUACAAAAGUUGUGACUACUGUCUUAAACCUUUGGAAUCUCCACAGGAUAAUGCUCGCAGACUUUUGCGCGACCACAGUUUUGUCCUCCCAGUCAUCCCGGGUGCAAGUGAUGGACAUUUUUUCGUACAGCCUUUUCAAUGCUCUUCCUGUGGGGUUGAAUACUGUAGUGAGGCUUGCCGUGCUGCCUCUGCAAGCGAAUACCAUUUCUUUAUCUGCUGCCGUGGCCAAGAAAAUCCAUUUUUCCAACUUGAAAAAGAGUGGCGGGAGUCGCACUUGUUACCGGAAACAGGAACUAUAAUGCUCCUUGUGAGGAUCGCUGCGGCUCAUUUUAGCGCUCAUUUUUGCCAAUGUGAGCAAGCGCAGCAUAUUGUCACAGCGCUUUCUCGGUUUGUUUCUUCCCCCAUUGUUGAGCUACCAAGUAGUAAUGAGCAUGAUCCGUGCUGUUCUCCUACUUCACUGACGCAUAUAAUGAUGGGUCCAAAAUUCUCGGGUAAUCUUGCACGAUUGCAUGCCUUGUUUUUGGAGGUCUUGGGGGAGAUGGUUCAGAGAACGGGCGUUUUCAUAUCACCAAAUGAAGCGUCGAAUGUGCUACAGCAGAUUGGAUUGCGCCAAUUGCUUUCGUUAUAUGGCUUCAGCUCUGCCAUGUGUCUGAUCGGACGCAAUGGGCAGGGAAUUGGAACGAGCUCUUUGGGUGCUUGGGGUAAAGCUGCGGAGAAAAUAAUUGAAGGUAGGGGUAAUCUAGUGGAGAAAAGGCAGUUCUCCGACUUUCUCGAUUCCCUUUACGAAAAGCUUGACGAAACGGCUGGUGACUUUCUCGAUGUUGAGGGCGUCGGUCUUUAUGAACGUCAGAGCCUGAUUAAUCAUUCCUGUGAACCGAACGCUUCCGUGCGCUUCGAGUUGGGCACCAACGAAUUGUCAAUAGUUGCGAAUGAAGACAUUGGUAAUCCGGGUACAGAAGUUACCAUCUGCUACUUUGACGAAUGCAUGCUGUCACGAGGUGUGCAUUCUCGAAGAAAGUAUCUGCGUGAACACUAUCUCUUUGUUUGUAAAUGUCCUCGAUGUAUUCGAGAAAAAGACGACGGCGCAGAAAGUGAGACAACUGAGGAGGAAGAUGACAAAGACGAUUUAAUGGGCUGCUGCUUCUCGAAGUCGAGCGAAGCCGAUAGGCACCAACCCAGUGUCGAAGAGCGCCGGCGCUUGCAGGCCGAGGCGGCCAAACGGAGGCGUGAAGAGGCCGCUAUUCGAGGCAUCGUGAAUCCUGCUUCCGUUCGACGGCGCCAGGAGAAGUUAACCACCGCAGAAAACAUGAGACUUUCUGAUGAUGUCCAACAUGAUGCGGGCCUCCGGUGGACUGUUUCCGUCUAG